GGGCUGCAGGAGAUGCUCAACCUGGCUCGGGGCGUGCUCCGCAGCGGGCGCCUGCCCGGGGCUGUCUGCGAGACGGACAAGGACCUCAACGCCCAGGCCGAGGCUGCGACCCGUCCGCCCCUGGCAACCGCGGGAGGCUCGACGUCCUCCGCCGCGCCGCCGCCGAACCCCGCGGUGGAGGCGCUGCUGUCGGAGCUCGCCGCGUGCGACCCGUCGCAGGCGCAGGAGCCCUCGGAGAAGCAGCGGCUGUGCGAGCGGCUGAGGCGCGACGUGCAGAAGCUCGAGCGCGCGAACGCCAAGAGGAGAGGCAGGAGUGCGAGGAGCUCCUCCUCGAGGCGGCCAACCGCGCCGUGCGCCGCUUCGAGGAGCACGACCGGCUGCAGGCCGCCGAGGGCGCCCUGGCCCGCUGCAGGCGCGAGCUGCGCGAGGCCAGGGACAUGGUGAAGAUCCAGGAGCGGGAGAUCAAGGAGCUGCGGGAGCUGCGCGCGGCGCUCGAGGUGGAGGCAUCGGCGAAGCCGCGCACCCCUCCUGCGCGGCAGCAGGCCGCUGGUGGCGCCGCCGCCACUGGGGGGGGCAGGUCCCGCCACAAGGCGGCGGUGAGCGCCGAGGAUGCGAAGGGCGUGCUGCUCCAGGACGGGCUCGGCGAGCCCGACGAGACGAGGAUCAAGGCCUGCCUCAACAACGAGAACCAGAAGUUCAUCUCCGUCAUCCAGAGG